ACUCCCUGCUAAGCUGAGGAUGUUAAAUCAGAGGAUCCACCCGGGCAUGCUCGUACUCCUGAUGUUUCUCUACCACUUCAUGGAAGAUCACACAGCGCAGGGUAAGACCACAGCGUUUAUUCGGAAGUGUGUUUUAUUAUUAGUGUUGUUAUUAUUACUCUUGUUUUCCGUCUUUCGGGCGCUGCUUACUUCGCUGCGGUGUUACACGCCUCUCUCCAAGGUCCAACCGGACAGACUUCAGCAGCGGGCGCGGGACUGCUCGCGGGACGGGGCGCUGAGGUGUCACGUAGGUUCCCUUCGGAUCGGACCUUCCCUGCCCCGCAUGGGCACGGGGGGCAUAGGAGGAUGUUUCUUGGCACUCCUCGUGAUUAUGCAGCGUGAAUGAGGAGCAGCAUCGCGGGGAACUUUCCUGCACUCAUGUCCCGAACGAGUGCUCAAAGUUUGUCGGUAAUUCAGCUCAGAUUUUUAUCUCUCCUUCUGACAGAAGGAGAGGUGAUGAGGAGCCCCGGGCGCACAGCUGACGCCCUCAGAAAGCGGUGGUGGUCACUUUCCGGGCAUUCCCUCAAUAUUGGGAUUUCCUUCCCUCCCCCCACCCCCUUUGUGUGUGUGCGUGUGUGAAUAAGUGUUGUAAAUUCUCCUGCAAAAUAAGUUUGCUUACUUUUAUUAUUCUUUCCCAUGCGAGCAAAACAGUCCUGAACCUGAUACUGACAACUCUUAAGAGCCCUCUUUCGACACUAGGAAACGCUGAUUUUCAGUUUGGGGUGUUUUUGUUUUUUUUCCACCUGAUAUUGACUGUGUCCCAACCUGCAUGUCUGACUGCUGGUGGGGUUUCAUUUUUUCCCCAUUUCUUCUCCCCUUCCCGAGCUAGAGCAGAAGUUAAUGUAGGCAACUGUAAGACGCAAAACUUUUUUUUUUUUUUUUUCUUUAAGGGCGUUGUUUGUUCCAUGUUUUGUAGCCGGGGGGGGUGAGAAGGGCGGGGGGGGGGGUUGUUCCCCGCGCCCAGCGGCGCCCGGGCGGGCCGAGCCCGGCCCUGGUGCGGUGCGCUCCGUCGGAGGAAGGAGCAGGAUCGAGCCCUCGCUGGAUGGGCACCAGAAUCAAUUGGUAUCGAGUCACUGAAGGAGUCACAUUGGUUAUUCACGAGAGGCUCAUCCCAACCCAAACUCUCCAGCUAAAAUAGGGGGAGUUGCUUGGACUCAUGUUCUUGGCUUGACUCCACGAAUAACAGGGAUACCAGUGAAAAAAAAAAAAAAAAAAGAAAAAAAAAGAAAAAAAAAACACUCUAUCCGGUUUGAGGACAGUGUGCUUUCCUCCCAAAGGCUCGCGGGGGAGACAGCACCUCCAACUUUUCCAGCGUGAUCGAUUCUUAAAGACUCCGCAGGGAGCUCUUUCUCGGGGUGCCCUCCCGUUUCGUGUACUUUGCUCACUUUUUUCUUUCUUUCUUUUUUCUUGUCUUUGUUAUCGGAGUUCUGCUGAGUUAUUUUAGCGAAGGGAAGACGUUUGUUAAUAGAAGCGGCGAAAUGUGGAGAUUUCGAAAGAGUUCGCUCACAGCGAAUGUUCCCAGUCGGUGCGGAUUGCAAAACGUGCUGGGGCUGGGCUGGGAACUGCUGGCUCCGGCAGGCGCGGAACGGCCGCUGCCAGGUCCUCUACAAGACCGACCUCAGCAAAGAGGAGUGCUGCAAGAGCGGCCGCCUGACGACCUCGUGGACGGAGGAGGACGUCAACGACAACACGCUCUUUAAGUGGAUGAUUUUUAAUGGGGGAGCCCCUAACUGCAUCCCGUGCAAAGAAACAUGUGAGAAUGUGGACUGUGGACCUGGGAAGAAAUGUAAAAUGAACAAGAAGAACAAACCUCGGUGUGUUUGUGCUCCGGAUUGCUCUAAUAUCACUUGGAAGGGCCCCGUGUGUGGCUUAGAUGGGAAAACCUACAGGAACGAGUGUGCCCUUCUCAAAGCCAGAUGUAAAGAACAGCCCGAACUUGAAGUCCAAUAUCAGGGCAAGUGCAAAAAGACCUGUAGGGAUGUUUUAUGCCCAGGCAGCUCCACGUGUGUGGUGGAUCAAACUAAUAAUGCCUACUGUGUGACAUGUAAUCGAAUUUGCCCUGAGCCUACCUCCCCUGAGCAGUAUCUCUGUGGGAAUGAUGGCAUAACUUACGCCAGUGCCUGCCACCUGAGAAAAGCGACCUGCCUGCUGGGCAGAUCCAUUGGAUUAGCCUACGAGGGAAAAUGCAUCAAAGCGAAGUCCUGUGAAGAUAUUCAGUGCAGUGCUGGGAAGAAAUGCUUGUGGGAUUUUAAGGUUGGCAGAGGUCGAUGUGCCCUCUGUGAUGAGCUCUGCCCUGAAAGCAAGUCAGAUGAGGCAGUCUGUGCCAGUGAUAACACAACUUAUCCGAGCGAGUGUGCCAUGAAAGAGGCAGCCUGUUCCAUGGGCGUGCUUCUAGAAGUAAAGCACUCUGGAUCUUGCAACUCCAUUAACGAAGACCCAGAGGAAGAAGAGGAAGAUGAAGACCAGGACUACAGCUUUCCUAUAUCUUCCAUUCUAGAGUGGUAAAACUUCCAUCACUAUUGGGACAGCCAUUGGGCACGAAAUCAAUGUCCAUACUGUAAAUAAGUGUAUGCUUAUUUAUUUUGGGGAGAAAAAAAAAAAGUAUACAUAUAGUUGAGUCUCGUAGACAUUUAUUUAUACUGUGUCAUGUUUUAUAAUUUAUACAUAAAAUGUCUGGUUGACUGUACACCUUGUUUUUGAAGAAGUUUAUUCGUUACGGGAAGAGCAGUGUUAUUUAUUGUGAGGUCUCUUGCUUGUAAAGUAAAGCUUUUCUUUUUUCUUGUAAACUAUGAAAGUCCAUUCCUUAAAACUUACCUAAAAAGAUGGUUUCAUCUUUUUGUUUUAUUGGGGUUAUCUUUUUUCCACUUUAAAAAACUUGCAUGUUGGUUUCUGUUAUGUUUAUUUAUUGGAUUUUCUUCUUGCCGGUUCUGUACAUAAAAGAUCCCUCGGGUUUUUGUUUACAAGGAAUCUUGACUGACCAAAAGGCGUUGUAACUGACUUAAAUAUACUUCCAGGGUGCAGUGAGGCGAUCUUUAGGGAAACUUCUACCACUUCACAUUUCUCUGCUUCUGAUCACAUCAUGUCCUGAUGUGAUCUCAAUGUGCUCAGCAUAUAUACUGUACUAUAAGAAUUCCGGACCCAAAGAAAUCGGAUUAUGAAGGUUGUUAAUAGCUACAGAGCUAACUGUAAUAAGAAUAAAGGUUUUAUUUUAUUUUUAUUCUUUUCUUUUGUAACAUGCAUAAGUGUUUAUCAGGUGUUUCCUUUAAGAUGGUCUUGCAGUACCACCUUCAAAGUUUUGUUUUCCCAACCAGUGUGUCACUAAAGGUUAUAUCAAAGCUUUAUCAGUUCAAGUUUCUUGCUUUUCAUAAUACUUUUUUUUUUCUGAUGCAAUUUUAUAUUUUCAAACAUGGCGAGUUAAAUAUAAAUUCAUUUAAAUAUAUAGUUUUGUACUUUUCUACCAUGUAAAUGUGCAAUGUAUAUAAAAGUUAUAAUGUGUAUUUGUAAAUAAAUGAUGAGUGAAAAAAUAAAAAAUGGAAUUUUCCCUA